UUGUGUCCGGUUUGACUCCGAGCAGGCAACGCAGAUCGCCGAAGCAAAGCUGAGAGGCAGUGGGACUGAACUGAAGCAGACCCAGCAGUCUCAGCCUCAUGCUUUAUCCUGGGCUCUUCCCCUCCUUCUCUUCUUGUCCGCUGUCGACAACAUCGUGACAAUAUUUAUUUUUUAUUUGUAUUAUUAAGCCACAAAAAAGUGGAGGGGGGGAGACGGGGGCCGAGUCAUGGAGCUUUAUUGCCUGGAGUCGGACAUAGCCGUGAGAGCCCUGCCUGACCCAAACAUCCUCUAUGAUGACAGAGUGUUGCAAAGUUUAUUAACAAUUGAGGACAGGUUUUUACCUCAAUGCUCUUAUUUCCAGCGGGUCCAGAAGGAUAUUCAGCCUUAUAUGAGACGAAUGGUUGCAGGUUGGAUGCACGAGGUGUGUGAAGAGGAGAAGAGUAAUGAAGACGUCUUCCCUUUAGCAAUCAAUUAUUUAGACAGGUUUUUAGCAGUGAUGCCCACAAGAAAGAGUUAUUUGCAGCUUCUGGGAGCUGUGUGCAUAUUCCUGGCCUCUAAGUUAAAAGACUGCAGGCAGCUAUCAGCAGAAACACUUUGCAUGUACACAGACAACUCCAUCACAACACAGGAACUGCUGGACUGGGAGCUGGUCGUCCUGGGGAAGUUGAAGUGGAACAUGGCCUCGGUCAUCCCCAAUGAUUUUAUAGAGCACAUCAUACGCAGGCUGCCCCUUCCCAAAGACAAGCUGCCAAUGGUCCGCAAACACACGCAGACAUUCAUUGCCCUCUGUGCCACAGAUGAUCGCCUUGCCAUGAACCCUCCUUCCAUGAUCGCCACUGGCAGCCUGGGAGCUGCUGUCUGUGGCCUGCAGCUGGACCACAGUGACCAGAGGCUGAGUCGAGACAACCUGACAGACCUGCUGGCCAAGAUCACUAACACCGAGGUGGAUUGUUUGAGGGCGUGCCAGGAGCAAAUAGAACGUGUGCUGACCACCAGCCUGCAGCAAGGCCAGCAGGACGGUCAGGAGACCGGCGUCAGAGCAGGCAACAAGGCGAGGAAGCAGCAAGACCAGUCCAGCACCCCCACAGAUGUACGUGAUGUCAACUUAUGAACUCCCAUCACCACCCGACUCGCACACGCCACUCAUGCCUGUUUACCAAUGAACUAACGGGAGCGAGGGAGGCAUGAGCUGCCAGUAUCAAUGUCGAGGCGCCACAUGAGCGAUGGUGUGACAAUCCAUGAACUUUUAGAAAAAUAAGAAAUUUUUAGUUUUUCUCCUUUAUUUGCCCCAUUCAUACCCUUUUGGGUGUACUUUCCCUUUUUUGUACGGGCCACAUGUAAUCAAACAAGCUAUUUAAAAAAAAUAUUCUUGAAAACUUGAUAGUGCCUUUGGUUUCCCAGAAUGGAAACCUAAAUAUAUUUUCAUACUUGAAAAAAAAACAACAUAAUUCUAUGAAAUAUACAUAUUUCUUAGUAAAAAUAGAUAUGAUAAUGUAUAUUUAGCUUGCCCUGGAAAUCCAGAAUUCUCGCGGAAGCACAAUUUGCUCAGCGAGUCACUCUGGCAUUUAGUAAUGAUGCUCAUUAACUAUGCCCUUGUUGCUGAGCUGCACAUCGCUGUAUCUGAUAUGGGCAGGCCAGAGGCAAGCUAGACAGACAGCGUAUGGGGUUCUGGAUACGUCACCCCGUGUAUUGUUGUGAUUGGUCUUAGGGUUAUCCAAUUGCGUACAGGGAGAUUUUCAAAUGCAUGCUUGGUGCCGCCCCUCGAGUUGGGCCAUCUUCAUUACUCAAUGCCAGACCCUUAAUCUUUUGUAUUUGAGUCUGGAUUUCCAGGCUAUAUUUAGCUAGCAUUUAGUUAUGUUACUCUUUUAUCAUCUUUAGUGAGCAAUUAUCAAUUCACAGUUUAAUUGUGUUUUCCUCACAUGUGCAGGGAAACUCCUAGUGGUGAUCGAAACGCUGAUAAUACAGUACAUGGCAUUUAAACCAACCUGAUUUCUGAUUUGAGAAGUGCUACUGUGAUAGCUUCUCU